ACCGCCCCCGCGCUUCCUCCUCUUUCACUUUCACUUCCGCCGUGAGCGGGUCCCGCCGCCCGAGCAUGGACGACCCCGACUGCGACUCCACAUGGGAGGACGAGAGCGGGAAGGACGGCGACGACAGCCCGGAGAACGACACGGCCGACGAGGACGGCGGCGCCGAGGAGCCGCGACCCUGCACCCUGCAGUCCAGAAUGACAGGGUACCGCAACUGGCGAGCCAUGCAAGACAUGCGCAGAUACCGGCACCACUACCCGGAUUUGGUAGAACGAGACUGCAAUGGUGACAUGUCCAACCUGAGUUUCUACAAAAAUGAGAUCUGCUUCCAGCCAAAUGGCUAUCUCAUUGAAGAUAUUCUUCAGACCUGGAAGGACAACUAUGAUCUCCUUGAGGAGAAUCACUCCUACAUCCAAUGGCUGUUUCCUCUGAGGGAACCAGGAGUGAACUGGCAUGCCAAGCCCCUCACACUCAAAGAAGUCGAGGCUUUCAAAAGCUCCAAGGAGGUCAGAGAGCGUCUUGUUCGGGCCUAUGAACUCAUGCUGGGCUUCUAUGGGAUCCAACUUGAGGACAAGGACACGGGUGCUGUGUGUCGUGCGAAGAACUACCAGGAGCGCUUCCAGAACCUGAACUGUCGAAGCCACAACAACCUGCGUAUUACACGCAUCCUCAAGUCGCUGGGUGAGCUGGGCCUGGAGCACUACCAGGCACCGCUGGUCCGCUUCUUCCUGGAGGAGACAUUAGUGCAACUUGAACUGCCCGGCGUGCGCCAGAGUGCCCUGGAUUACUUCCUGUUUGCUGUACGCUGCCGGCGACAGCGCCGUGAGCUUGUGCACUUUGCGUGGGAGCACUACCAGCCCCGAUGCAAGUUUGUGUGGGGGCCCCAUGACAAGCUGCAGAGAUUCAGGCCCCAGGCUAUGCCCCAGCCACUGAUGGGCCUGGGACAGGCAGAGAGGGAUGAAAGUUCUGGGGACCCCUUCCAAGAGCCUGACACCGAGGGUGAGACCUUUGGAUCUGAGGGGGACCCAAGUGGAGACAGUGAAGCAACCAAGGAUUCCCAGCUGCUGACCACUGAGCCCCAGGAUGUGGGAACCUUGGAUGAGAACCAGAGGGAUGAGGCUGAGUCCUUGAGCCCUAAAGAGAGCAAAAAGCGGAAGUUGGAGGGGAACAGGCAAGAGCAGGCCCCAGGGGAGCCAGACCCCCAAGGUGUCUCUGAGGUAGAGAAAAUUGCCCUGAACCUUGAGGGGUGUGCCCUCAGCCCUGUCCACCAGGAACCUAGGGAGACUGAACAGCCCUGUCCUGUGACCCCUGGGGCGGGGGUGGCUGAUGAAGUGAGAAAACGGAGGAAGGUGGAAGAGGAAGCUGGGGACCAUGGAGUAGCCACCAACUGUAACACUCAGAUACUGGAGGCCCAGGCCCCACCUCCUGCCUCUUCAGAGUGCUCCGAGGCCCAAAAGGACGGGAGUGGGCCAGAGGAGGACCCAGAAGGCCAACAGGAGCACCGGGGGAGCCUGGAGGACCAGGGGAGCCUGGAGGAGGGCCCUGGCCCUGGCCCCACAGGAAUCUCAGUGAAUGAGUCAGAGGAGGCGGCAGGAAUGAGGCUCUCUGCUGAAUCCCCAAAGCCUUAGGGGUGCAUCUUGGCUCUGCCCAGCCUGCUGCAGGGGCUGACAGGGUCACAGAGCCCUGUUGCUGGCUCUUCUCGGUGCCCCACAGUGCUGGCCUCUCCCUGGUGGUCCCUGCAGUGGUCACCAGAGGGACUGAGGCCCUGCCCUCAGGGAAGGCCAAAGCCUUCAGAACCCUCCUUACCUCACUGCAUCCUCCCCCACUGCCCUCUGAGCCCCGUCUUUGUGAACAGACCCCUAAGGGUCUGGGGGGAGGGGCCUCUUUUCUUAGUCUGGUGCCAAGUGAGGCCUUUUCUGAAUAAACUCUUUUGACUUUGUCUUUCUGAUGAGGACCAGAA